UAUCAAUCAUGGAACCAACCUUGCUCUACAUUCUCAUCUCCCUCCCAUUUCUCCUCAUUUCUCUAAAACUCUACAAUUCAAGAAAAAAACUCCCACCAACUCCAUUCCCCACACUUCCCCUACUAGGCCAUCUCCCCCUCCUCAAAUUCCCCCUCCACCGCACCUUCCUAACCCUCUCCCGAAAACUCGGCCCCGUCUUCUCCCUCCGCCUCGGCACCCGUCUCAUGGUGGUCGUCUCCUCCCCGGCCGCGGCCGAGGAAUGCUUCACAACAAACGACAUCACCCUCGCCAACCGCCCCCGCUUCAUCAUCGGCAAAUACAUCGGCUACAACUACACCUCCCUCGUCGGCGCCCCCUACGGUGACUACUGGCGCAACCUCCGCCGCCUCACGGCCACCGAGAUCUUCUCCUCCGCGCGCCUCAACGCGUUCCAAUCGAUCAGAGGCAACGAAGUCAGGCUCAUGCUGGAGAAGCUGAGCAGGAAGUCGGGGGAGGGGCGCGUUGAGAUCAGGGAGGCUCUGUCUGAGAUGGCAUUCAAUAACAUCAUGCGGAUGGUGGCCGGAAAGAGGUAUUUCGGGGUGGACGAGGACGGCGAGGAGGCGGAGGAGUUCAGGGGGCUUAUCAAGGAGGUUUUUGGCUACGGCGGUGUGUCGAACUUGGCGGAUUUUUUUCCGGUUUUGAGAUGGUUUGAUUAUAAAGGGGUGGAGAGGAAUCUGGCUAGGAUUUCUGCUAGGAUGGAUGCCUCUCUUCAAGCGUUGGUUGAUGAGCAGAGACGACAUGGCGAUGGAAACACCAUGAUUAGUCACCUCCUUGCUAUGCAGGAUUCGGAUCCAGAAUAUUAUACAGAAGAAAUCAUCAAAUGUAUUAUUGUGAUGAUGCUGCUUGUGGGGACAGACACAUCAUCCGUAACGGUAGAGUGGGCAAUGUCUGCGCUACUAAACCACCCGGACAAGAUGAAGAAGGCAAGAGAAGAGAUCGAUAGAGUAAUCGGAAAUGAUCGUCUCCUCCAAGAGUCGGAUUUACAUAACCUCCCUUAUCUCCAAAACAUUAUAUCCGAAACAUUGCGGUUGUUUCCGGCCGCACCGUUGCUCGUACCCCACGAGGCAUCAUCAGACUGCAAGAUCGCGGGGUACGACGUGCCACGUGGCGCGAUCGUGAUGGUCAACGCAUGGGCCAUCCAUCGGGACCCAUCCGUUUGGGAUGACCCGGAGAAGUUCAAGCCAGAGCGGUUCGAAGGCGGGGGAAUCGGGGCCCCGAACUUGCUGGCGUUUGGGAUGGGCCGGAGGGCGUGCCCGGGUAGCGGGCUGGCCCACCGGGUCGUGGGUUUGGCGUUGGGGAGUUUGAUACAAUGCUUUGAAUGGGAGAGGGUUGAUGAAAGGUUGGUGGAUUUGAGUGAAGGGAAAGGAGCAAGUAUGCCUAAGAAUAUACCUUUUGAGGCAAAAUGUAGAGUUAGUGAUGUGGGUCGAAGAGUUAUUACUGUUUAAGAGUGAGUUGUUUUUGUAGUUUGGAAUGGGACACAUUGUUUUUCAUUCAUUAUUUGAAUUUCAGAAUCACAAAUCAUGAUUUA